AUGGUUAACAUUUCCAAAUUUGGAACCCUAGGUCUGUGGCGCUAUACGUGCUCGAAGCUUUAUCUUGGUACCCGUCUCAUCAGUCUCAGGAGCAGAGAGAGCUUUCCAUACAGUAGAGUAAUUUCGCCACCUAUGCCGAUGGCAGGGCCUAGUCCCUGCUCACGUGGCCUAGACGGACAUUACUCGCCCUUGCAGUACCCCGAAAAUCAUGACGAACAGCUCAAGGCCAACUCAAAUCAAGCUCCAGGCUACUGCCCAUCUUCGGCGAGCAUGAAGAUGAACAUAGCUCGCGAAACGCGGGAUUUCCGCGAGGAAAUGCGGAAGAAGGCGAAUAAUGCGCGCGAGCGGAUGCGAGUGAAGAGUAUGAACAUUGAGUUCAAAAAGCUCGAACAGCUUUCAAGGAAUCACGUGUCUAUGGAGAAGCAGCCAACAAGGCUGCAGAUUCUUAGAAGCACGAAAGACACGAUUCUUGCGCUUGAGGCUAAGCUUCGUGUCCAAUUUGAGAUGGAAAAAGAAUUACGAGAAACUUCUCCCACACAGAAAGUCCCAAUAAUGAUUAGAAUGCGACGGAUACUUAUCAGGCAUCACCGACACGAUGAACGAACGCCGAUUGCGAUUAUGGACAAAACGUGA